AAAAAAUGGCUUGAAAUCCAACUGGGCUGGUUUCUAUACUCUCCCAGGAAGAGAGGGGUAGUGAGAGAAACUAGAGAGAGAGAGAGAGAGAGAAAGGUGUAACAGAGGAGACCAAACGAAGACGAAGAUGUCAGACCUAGACAGUCAAAUUGAGCGGCUGAAGAAGUGCGAGCCUUUGAAAGAGUCCGAAGUCAAGUCCCUUUGCCUCAAAGCCAUGGAAAUCCUUGUCGAAGAGAGCAAUGUUCAAAGGGUCGACGCACCUGUCACUAUAUGUGGUGACAUCCAUGGACAGUUUUAUGACAUGAAAGAACUUUUCAAAGUGGGAGGUGAUUGCCCAAAGACUAACUACUUGUUUCUUGGAGAUUUUGUUGAUAGAGGAUUUAAUUCUGUUGAGACAUUUCUGCUUCUACUAGCCCUGAAGGUCAGGUAUCCAGAUCGAAUAACACUCAUAAGGGGGAACCAUGAGAGUCGCCAGAUUACACAGGUAUAUGGAUUCUAUGAUGAGUGCCUACGCAAGUAUGGUUCGGUGAAUGUGUGGCGAUAUUGUACAGAUAUAUUUGACUACUUAAGUCUGUCUGCUCUUAUUGAGAACAAGAUUUUUGGUGUUCAUGGGGGCCUUUCUCAUAACAUUUCCACAUUGGACCAGAUCCGAUCAAUUGAUCGAAAGCAAGAAGUACCCCAUGAUGGUGCCAUGUGUGACCUCCUAUGGUCAGAUCCAGAAGAUAUAGUCGAUGGUUGGGCGUUGAGUCCCCGUGGUGCUGGUUUCUUAUUUGGUGGCAAUGUUGUUGAUAUUUUUAACCAUGCAAAUAACAUUGACUAUAUAUGUCGUGCCCAUCAGUUGGUAAUGGAAGGUUUUAAAUGGAUGUUCAACAACCAGAUAGUUACUGUGUGGUCUGCUCCAAAUUAUUGUUACAGAUGUGGUAAUGUAGCUGCGAUUCUCAAGCUGGAUGAGAAUCUUGACAAAGAGUUUCGCGUGUUUGAAGCAGCACCGCAGGAAUCCAGAGGGGCUCCUCCUGUCAGAAAACCGGCACCAGAUUACUUUCUAUGAAAUUGGGUUGAUUCAGCUUUACCUGUUUGUCAUCCAAUAUGCUUGAAUUCGUCAACAUGAUUAUAAAGUUGUGCCAUGUGAGGAUAACCUCUUUUUUUUUUUUUUUUGCUGGUCUAAGAAGAUAACCUCUGUCGGGUUUUUGAUCAGUUUUGUCUGAUAGGUUGCUUUGUCAUUUGAACUCAUUUGUAUGUUUUGACUUUUUAUUGCUGGUAAUAAUAGCGUGUUACGUAGUA